GCCUUCGAAAGAGUGCUGCAACAAAUACGUAAAUAUGGUAAAAAAAACCUGAAAAUGAAAAGAGAAACAGAGACGAAACAUGUUCUGUUCGAUGAUUUUUUAAAAAUAAAGUAAGGUUAUAUCGUUUUGAUUAAAAUGACUUUUCACUUUCAGUUCGGAUUUAACAUGUUUCCGGAGAUUCUCAGACCUUUCAACAAUCAUUACAGAUGUUUUUCUGUAUCAAUGUUACCGGGUACAUACCGUCGAGAUGUAGAACGUGGAGGAAAAAUCAUUAUGCCACCCUCAGCUUUGGAGCAUCUUACGAGAUUAAAUAUUAGAUUUCCUAUGUUAUUCAGAUUAAGUAAUGAAAAGACAAAUAGAAUCACUCAUUGUGGAGUUUUGGAAUUUGUUGCAGAUGAAGGAAGAGUUUAUUUACCUUGUUGGAUGAUGUAUAAUCUUUUAUUACAAGAAGGAGAAUUAAUAAAUGUUGAAAGUGUAACUUUACCUGUUGCAACAUUUUCACGUUUUCAACCACAAUCCGAAGACUUUUUAGACAUUACAAAUCCUAAAGCUGUCUUAGAAAAUGGAUUAAGAAAUUUUGCUUGUCUUACAACAGGUGACAUUAUUGCUAUAAAAUAUAAUCAAAGAAUAUAUGAAAUGUGUGUUUUGGAAACAAGACCUGGUCCAGCAGUUACUAUUAUAGAAUGUGACAUGAAUGUUGAAUUUGCUCCACCAUUGGGAUAUGUAGAAAAAGAAACUACAGAUGAAAAUGUAGUGGAUCCUGCAGAUUUAAUGCCAGCACCAUCUGGUUUUGUGCCAUUUAAAGGAGAAGGCAAUAGACUAGAUGGAAAAAAACGAAGAGAUUUUGCAAAACCAGAAGUUAUUACAAGUAAACCAACUUAUGUUCGAGGAAUACCAGAUUAUGAUUAUAAAAUAGGAACAAUUACAUUUUUACGUAUUAUUAAACCUGUUAAUAAUAAAGAGGUAAGUUGAAAUAUUAUUUGUAUGUUACUUUAUACAAAUAUAUAUAUAUAUAUUUUUUUUUUACAGGCAAAAGAUCCAGAUGAAUUUAAAGCAUUCACUGGUGAAGGUUUUUCUCUUAGGAAGGCA